UUUUUGAGAGAUUACCCAGCAAUUCAAAAGCAGUUCCACAAGCAACUAAUCCAAAACUCAUAUACCGGCUGUCUGCUUCUGGUGAGAGGAAAAAAAAAAUGCUAUUCCAUGUUGGCCUCGAUCUGUCGCCGGCGCUCCCGCCUCCUCUUCCUCCACGGCCUCAAUUCUCCUCUCACCGCCCCUUGUCUAUGUUCUCUAGUUCGAAGACAUCCCUUAGUUGCGCAAUCCAUUCCCUCCGCCUCCGCACUCUGACUUUCUCGCCUUCCAUUUCUUCGGCCGCCACUGUUGAGCCAUUGCAGCAUCCAGAAAAGCUAGAUAAUGGGGAGAGAGAUAUGGGUGUCGAGGAAGGAGAUAACGAAGAAACAGAGAUGUAUCGUUUCAAGGCGGAAUCUUUACUAGAUAUCUACGCCGAGAAGGAUGCGAGGCAUCUUCCCUCGCCGGAGGUGGAGGUUAUACAACUCGAAGACCUUCCUGAUCAGUGGAAGAGGUCUCGGAUUGCUUGGCUUUGUAAGGAGUUACCUGCUCACAAGCAAGGCACCCUCGUCAGAAUCCUCAACGCGCAGCGCAAGUGGAUCAGACAGGAGGAUGCCACCUAUGUCACCGUUCAUUGCAUGCGCAUUCGAGAGAAUGAAGCCGCUUACAGAGUCUACAGUUGGAUGUCAAAGCAGCACUGGUUCCAUUUCGAUUUCGCACUUGCAACCAAACUGGCGGAUUACCUGGGCAGGGACCGAAAAUUUGCAAAAUGUCGAGAGAUAUUUGAUGCCGUGAUCAAGCAAGGCCGGGUGCCCGCCGAAUCUACAUUUCACAUCCUCACAGUUGCUUAUCUCAGUGCACCAUUUGAAGGGUGCAUCGAGGAGGCAUCAUCCAUCUACAACAGAAUGAUCCAUUUAGGUGGGUAUAGGCCAAGGCUCAGCUUGCACAAUUCUCUGUUCCGUGCCCUCUUGGGCCAGCUGAGAAGGGCUUCACAGUCUUACCUCAAGCAAGCUGAAUUCAUUUAUCACAACCUGGUAACAUCUGAUCUUGAGGUGCAAAAGGAAAUAUACGCGGGGCUUAUCUGGUUACACAGUUAUCAAGAGCACAUUGACAGAGAAAGGAUUGAUGCUCUGCGAGAUGAGAUGUCCAGUGCAGGAUAUGAAGAGGACAAAGAUUUGCUGAUCUCAAUGUUGAGGGCAUGCUCAAAGCAGGGUGAUGUUGAAGAAGCAGAGAAAAUAUGGCUCAAGUUGCUCUCAUAUGAAUGUGCACUCCCUUCUCAAGCUUUUGUCUACAAAAUGGAGCUCUAUUCCAAGGCUGGUGAUCCAAUGAAAUCACUAGAAAUAUUUAAGGAUAUGAAGAACAGAGCCACACCCGUUGCAGUUAAUGCUUACCAUAAGAUCAUUCAGAUCAUGACAAAUGCCAAUGAAAUUGAUAUUGCAGAGACUCUUGUGGACAAGUUCACUGAAAGCAGGUUGAAGCCGCUUAAUCCCGCCUUUCAUGAUCUGAUGAGUAUGUACUUGAAACUAGGAAUGCAUGAUAAAUUGGACAUCUCAUUCUCCAAAUGUCUUUCAAGAUGUCAUCCCAAUAGAAAUAUUUAUGGCUUAUACUUGGAAUCUCUGGUGAUGGUUAAUAAUCUUGAGAAGGCUGAGCAAAUCUUUAAUGAAAUGCAAAUGAAUGGCACGAUUGGUGCCAAUGCUCGUUCAUGCAAUAUAAUUUUACGAGGAUAUUUAGCCGCAGAUGAUUAUGAAAAGGGUGUGAAGGUAUAUGAUAUGAUGCGUCAGAAAAACUAUGAUGUAGAGCCAGGUUCUAUAGAACAGAUGGAGCAAUUCUUUCACCAUAAUAAAAAACUUGUCAGGAAAUCUGUCAGUUUGAAACUUGGUGAAGAGCAGCGUGAGAUAUUGAUUGGUUUGCUACUAGGAGGGGCUGAUAUUGUACUGGAUGAACAUAAGAGGAAACAUGCAAUUCUAUUCAAGUGCAAUGCGAGAUCCGAGGUUCAUUCUACAUUGAGAACACACAUACAUGAAAGGUUUUAUGAGUGGUUAACUCCUAACAGAUCCGUUGAUGGAGAGAAUGAGAUACCUUUCCAAUUUUCUACAAUACCUCACUCUUCCUUCAGCUUCUUUGCUGCUCAAUUCUGGUCUAAAGAUCGACCUGUGAUUCCAAAACUCAUUCAUCGAUGGCUAUCAGCACGAGUGCUAGCUUAUUGGUAUAUGUAUGGUGGAUUCAAAAGCUCUUCAGAAGAUAUAUUACUUAAGCUAAGAGGUGCAACACGUGAGGACAUUGAGAAAGUAUUGAAGGAUUUUCAGGGGAAAGACAUAGCUGGUAAGGUGAAGAGGAAGGGUAGAUUUUUCUGGAUUGGUUUUCAAGGAAGCGAUGCAGUUUGUUUCUGGAGGUUGGUAGAACCUUUUCUCCUACCAAAUGUGAAAGAACUGUUGAUGCCAAAUAAUGAUGCCAUGGAAUGUGAUGAUGGACAUGUCCCUAAUCAAGGUUCUGUUUCAGAUGUGCACGAGUGUGGUGAAAGCCUGAGGCGAGGGAUGGAUGAGGCGGAUUAGGAAGAUGAUGACGCGUAGGCUGCCUUUGCCUUUGGCUAAUACAUCAACAAUCAACCACUGCCAUUCAAAGCUAAUUAACAUAUCGAAUGGUUGAAGCAGGCAGAGGUGAUAUUGUUGGGGCAGCUCAGGAACCCUCAUCUAGUAAAGCUGAUAGGCUAUUGCUGCGAGGAC